AAAAGCAACAAAAUCUACACAUACAUUGGCGAGGUGCUGGUGUCUGUAAACCCAUACAAAUCGCUGGACAUCUAUGGACCACAGCACAUGGCACAGUACAGGGGGCGGGAGAUGUUCGAAGUCUCGCCCCAUGUGUUCGCGGUGGCUGAUGCCUGCCAGAGGGUGUUACGUCAACAGGGUAAAGAUACAUGCGUACUUAUAUCGGGCGAGUCUGGAUCGGGCAAGACUGAAGCAUCCAAGUUCAUAAUGAAGUAUAUAGCGGCGAAUACAACACAAGUGCACAGAGAUUACAUAGACAGGGUAAAAAACGUAUUGAUUCAAUCAAAUUCAAUAUUGGAGACAUUUGGAAAUGCAAAAACAAAUCGGAAUGAUAACUCGUCGAGGUUCGGCAAAUAUAUGGAUAUACAUUUUGACUACAAAGGGGACCCUGUGGGGGGUCACAUCAGCAUCUACCUCUUGGAGAAGAGCAGGGUGGUCAGCCUGCAGCAGGGGGAGAGGAACUUCCACUCGUUCUAUCAGUUACUCAGCUCGAACAACGCGCAAACGAAAAAGUUCGGCCUGAACUCGAGUGGCACGUACAAAAUAUUGGGCAGCGAGCGGAGCACCGCGCAGGACUCCAAGUUGUGUUCCGUCACGAACAGCGCCUUCAAAUCGCUCGGCUUCUCGCCCGCUGUCAUCGCCGACAUAUGGAGCAUAGUCGCCGGGGUUAUACUGCUGGGCGAGUUGGUAUUCACAGAGACCCCCGAGGGUCAGCUCAAGAUGGGGGGUCCGGUGGGUCCGUGCGUGUCCGCGCUGGGGGUCACGGAGGCGGCGCUGCGCGGCUGCAUGGCGGGCCGCGUGCUGGCCGCCGGCGGGGACCUCGUCAGCAAGGAGCACUCGCUCUCAGACGCCAACUACACCCGGCUGGCCCUCAUCAAGGCCACCUACGACAGGCUCUUCACCUGGAUCGUGCAGCAGAUCAACAAAGCUAUAGAAGUGCCCUCCGGGACAUACAAGAACACGCUCAUCGGUGUCCUCGACAUAUACGGCUUCGAGAUCUUCGACACCAACAGUUUCGAGCAGUUCUGCAUCAACUACUGCAACGAGAAGCUACAGCAACUGUUUAUUGAACUGGUGCUGAAGCAGGAACAGGAGGAGUAUGCCCGCGAGGGUAUCCAAUGGACGCCGAUCAAGUAUUUCAACAACAGAGUGAUUUGCGAGCUGGUGGAUGCACCGCAUCAGGGCAUCAUUGCUAUUAUGGACGAGGCCUGUCUUAAUCCCACCAAGAUUUCAGAUAGUCAGUUACUAGAGGCAAUGGACAAAAGGUUGAGCGGCCACAAGCAUUAUACGUCCCGCCAACUGGCGCCCACAGAUAAGAAAUUGAAGCAUGCCGUCGACUUUCGAAUCACGCAUUACGCGGGCGACGUGACGUACGCGGUGACCGGCUUCAUGGACAAGAACAAGGACUCACUGUGGCAGGACCUCAAACGUCUGCUGCGCUCGUCCGGGAACGCAUCGCUAGCGGAAAUGUGGCCAGAAGGCGGGGACCACAUACAAAAGACGUCGAAGCGUCCCCCGUCUGCUGCGACGUUGUUCCGCAACUCGAUGUCGUCGCUGGUGAGCGGUCUGCAGACCAAGGAGCCGUUCUACGUGCGCUGCAUCAAGCCCAACCCGCUCCAGACGCCCGCCAACUGGGACGACCAGCUUGUACGGCAUCAGGUAGCAUACCUAGGCCUGGUGGAGAACGUGCGAGUGCGUCGCGCCGGGUUCGCAUCCCGGCAGCGGUACGAUCGGUUCCUCAAGCGGUACAAGAUGCUGUCGCAGUACACGUGGCCUAACUUCCGCGGCACCAACGACAAGGAUGCCGUGAUGGUGCUGCUGAAGGAUUUGCAGAUCACAGACGUACAGUACGGGCAUACGAAGCUGUUCAUCAGGAGCGCGCGCACGCUGCACGGGCUGGAGGCGGCGCGCGCGGAGCUGCUGCCGUCCAUCGUGACGCUGCUGCAGAAGCUGUGGCGCGGCACGCUCGCCAGGAACCGGUACCGACGCAUGCGCGCCGCGCUACGCAUAUACAACGCCUGGAAACGGUACAAGUGCAAGCGGUACAUAGCGGAGCUGCAGGCGGAACUGAACCGCAACCGCGGCGUGGUGAAGCAGUGGCCGGCCGCGCCGCGCCGCCUGGCCGCGCCGCUGCUGCAGGCCGCGUACCGCCGCUGGCGCGCGUACCUGGUGCUGCGGCCGGUGCCGCGCGACCAGUGGCCGCAGCUCAAGAUGAAGAUCAGCGCCGCCAGCGCGCUCGCCGCCCGCCGCGCGCACUGGGGCUCCGCCCGCGGCUGGCUCGGGGACUACCUCGCCCACGACGGGUACAACCCCAAGUCCGCUCUCUACAAAGCAUCGAUAGCGAACCUCCAAAGGAGUCAGCACAUCGGCAAGCCCUUAUUCUCGUGUAAAGUCCACAAGUUCAACAGAUACAACAAGCUCGCAGAGAGAUGUUUGCUCAUUACCGAAACAGCCAUAUACAAACUGGACGCUAACACGUUCAAAGUCCUCAAGAAGCCCACAUCUAUAGCUGAGGUGGGGGCGGUGCGGAUAAUGAGCAGCGAUGUCCAACUGGUGGUAGUCAGCGUACCGUCCACCAGCAACGACCUGGUGGUGGGGCUGGUGCCCACCGCGCCUGGAGAUGACUUCGUCGGGGAACUGGUGGGCGUGCUGGCCAACAGAUACUACAUGGUGUCGGGCGGGUCGCUGUCGGUGGAGGUGGAGCGCGGGGCGAGCACGCGGUGCACGCUGGGCGGCAGGACGCGCGCGCUGCAGCUGCCGGCCGCGGCCGCCGCGCCCGCCGCGCCCGCCCCGCAGCCCUUCACGCACGCGCACAACGUCAUCACCUACCACCCGGCCUCCGCGCGGGCCUAACCCUCCUACAUCGUUCCCGGAAUGACCAACGUUCUCGGAAUGACGAGCGUUCCCGGAAUGAUUGCCGACAGCGUUGUCGAUGCUGCUUCGGCUCAACUACUGUAUACACGUUAGUAAAUGAACCCCAUGUUUAUUAUAAUACUAAUCCCACCCUAAACAAUGUCAUCACAAUUCUAACUAUAUUAAUAAAAAAUUGUACAGAUAUCUGUGUGUAAUAAUUUCGGUUAAUAUAAUAUAUGUUCCCGAAAUUAGAUACUUCAAUUGCGAUGUAUAAAUUAUAAUAUAACAUACUGUAAUUAUAACAUAAGUAACUAUUAUACGAUAAUGUAAGACAGGGAGUAAAAAAUUCCAAACAAAAUCUAAUCUUUUAAAGCAACCCAACUAACGUGUUCUUUAAACAAAAAAAAAUUAAAAUCCAAAAUUUCUAUUUCAUUUUUCUAUUACAUUAUACUAUCUUUAUGUAAAAAAUUCCAAUAUUACAUCCUAAUUAAAAACCAUCUCCUUCCAAUUGAUAAUAAGGUACAAAAUUAUAUGCGUUGUGAACACACCUAUUCAAAUGUCUAAUACUCACCAAAUUAUACCUUUAGCGACCGAUUUUUAAUUCUGUCUAUGUUGUAUUAAGAUUCACUUUCUAAUUUUUCAUUUAUGGAACUUAUUACAAAAAUUUUCGCGCCAAAAUCACAUUGCACAUAAACUCUAAUGGUUGUCAAAAUAACACUAUAUAUACAUAUAAUGUCCUCUUUUAACUGUAUGUUGAUGAAAGAGACGGACGAACAAUAUUUUAAUGUACGUAUUAGUCAGAGUUAUUUAAUUCAUAAUAAUAUUUAAUGGUAAGUGUCGUUAAUUUAUUCAAAGUGAUAAUGUUAGUUCUUAAACGUGUAG